UACGAUGNCAACAACAACUGGUACUGCAAGGAGAACCCGCCUCUGACGACCAUCUACAAGUACGACGCCGACGCUAGUAACGUCACACCGGCCGACGUUUGUGACAUCACACUGGCCGACGUUCGUGACGUCACACCGGCCGACGACAGCGCGCCUAGCGACGCGCCGCGCGGUCGCGUCGUCAUCCAACUCGACGACGACAACAACGAGAGUGGCGACGACGCCGUUACGUCCGACGACAGUGUGCGUGCCGACAGCUGCACGCCCGACCGCUGCGUCGGCACCGUCAAGAUUUGCCUCGUCGGCGGUGGCUGCAGCGACGGCGCCAGCACGGGUUACGAAUCGCAGGAUAGCUCCUUGAGGAGUUCUCCCGGAGCGCGAGAGCGGUCGGCGUCGGGAGAGAGCUCGAACAAGGAUUGGUCGCUGCCGACGUCAUCGUGCGACGACGACGACGUCCACGACGAGUGGGUUUUAUGCUCGACGGACGUGUCGGCAGACGUUGGCGAAGGCGACCGAUCGCACGUCGGCGGAGAUGGAGAGUGGAUCCUGCGCUCGCACGACGCUCCAGCCGUCGCCGACGAUGAUGAUGAUGAUGAUAAUGAUGAUGAUGAUGAUGAUAGGCGGCCGGCGUACGACGCCCAUGACGAUGGCAACAUCGACGGUGAGUGGAUCUUACGCGCGCCGGGCAGUGCGGCCGACGCCAACGCUGACGAUUACAAGAAACUGCCAACGUAUGACGAUGAUGAUGAUAGGCGGCCGGCGUACGACGCCCAUGACGAUGGCAACAUCGACGGUGAGUGGAUCUUACACGCGCCGGGCGGUGCGGCCGACGCCAACGCUGACGAUUACAAGAAACUGCCAACGUAUGACGACGAUGACGAUGCCGACGGUGCGUGGAUAUUGCGAGUGAAGGACGGCUCAAGCGGCGCUCUUGUUGAACAUGGCGUCAUCGACGACGACGAUCCUCCACUAGAGGUCGCCACCGACUCCGACGCGGCGCCGAAUGCUAGGCAACAGCAGCCGCGCGCCGACCGUCAUCGAGCGGACGACGACGACGACGACGUCGAUGGUUACAACGAUGACGCUGCCGAGGUCGAUCUGCAGCUUGAGGCCCUGGACGAGCUGCCCGAACUGCUUCCGUCCGACGACCGACCGCCGCCGUGCGGUGGCAGCACGCGCAGUCUUCCCGACACGUCGUCGGCACGCACGAGGUUCGCCGCUGCCGACGUCUACGCAUGUCCGCAGCCGACGUACGCGGCGUGCUCCUCGCCGACGCGCUACGGUCGUCGCUACGGCUCCGUCGACAGCCUCUACCCGCUCGCCGAGAGCCCCUACCAGACGCCGUACGACCACAGGCUUUAUUACGAGCAGCAGGAACCUCUGUACGAGGCCUUCUCACCUUACUACAUGCCCGUCGGCUACCCGCAGUACUUCGCCGACCAGCAGACGUAUGAGCCGCUGUACGGUCGGCCGCGACACACGGACGACGGCUACAAUAGGCAGCGACAGACGGACGACGCAUACGGUCGGCAGCGACACACGGACGACGCAUACGGUCGGCAGCGACACACGGACGACGCAUACGGUCGGCAGCGACACACGGAUCGACACACGGACGACGCAUACGGUCGGCAGCGACACACGGACAACGCAUACGGUCGGCAGUUGUCGGGCUAUACGUCGCUCACGGACGUGAGAGAAGGCUCGGAGCGGAAGUACGGCCGGAUACGGCGCUGCGACGGAGGCAAGGCGACGCGGAGUCUGCCGAGGCGAAGCAGCAGCCGACAAGUCGUUGCAGCAGAGAGAGCGGAUGCGGACAGGUCGCCAAGGCAACAGCAGCAGCCAGCGAAGCCGGCACGAUCCUGCGACGUCGGAACCACUCCAUCGUCAUCGUCAUCGUCAUCGUCGUCGUCGCCGUCGCCGUCACGUGACGUCGUCGACAGUGGCUUCAACGCGCGGGCCGAGAGCUGGUCGACUACAUCCGAAUUUUUCCGG